CUGCUCAAUCCCCACACGAGCAAAGCACGUGUUCCCGUCUUCUAUAUAUACCCAAGCUAGCUUAGCCCUAAGACCACCACGUCGCCACACGCACGAGAUCGAUCAAGAGUUCAAGAUAUCUCCAUCUCCAACUAAGCUAUCCCCAUCUAGCUUUCAAGCAGCUUUAUCCAUGGCGGCUUCAGCUUCAGCAUCAGGAAGAUCAUCGGCGAUGCUGGGCCUGGCGAUGGCGGCGGUGUUACUGGCGUUUGGGCUUGUUGGGCCGGCGGGGGCAGACUUCGCGGCGGACAGGGCGGAGUGCGCGGACCGGCUGAUGGGCCUGGCGACGUGCCUGACGUUCGUGGAGGCGACGGCGACGGCCCGCGCGCCGACGCCCGACUGCUGCUCCGGGUUCAAGACGGUGCUGGGCGCCAGCAAGAAGUGCCUCUGCGUGCUCGUCAAGGACCGCGACGAGCCCGCGUUGGGCCUCAAGAUCAACGUCACCCGCGCCAUGAACCUCCCUUCCGCUUGCUCCAUCCCGGCCACCUUCUCCGACUGCCCCAAGAUCUUGAACAUGUCGCCGGACUCCAAGGAGGCGGAGAUCUUCAAGCAGUACGCCAAGGAGCACGAGGGCAAGAACGGCACCACCACCACCACACCCGCCGCCGCUGCCGCCACCGGUACCACCGGCGGGAAGAGCGCGAACGCGGCGGCGGCGGCGGGCGCGGGGACGCAGCGCCGCAGCACGGCGUUCGUCGGCGUCGUCUCGGCGCUGCUCGCCUCCGUUUUCGUUCUCGCCUGAGAUUUAUUUAUAGUCUGCAAAGAUCACGAGAGACGGAGACACAGGCCUGGCUUUUCUCUGCUGGUCUGGGCUGGGCUGCUGUCUGGCAUGGGCCGUAAUUAGGUUUGGUGAAGCACACAGAGGUUGAUCGAUCGAAUGAUGAAUGAGUAGAGCCCUGCCCUGCCUGAUCAAUGGAUGUUGCAAAUUAUAAGCAGUCUGGUAUUUCUUAAGUUAUUAAUCCUGCGAGUUUGGUUUCGGUCGAGCUUAGUUUCUUUCUCCCUUGUAUAUUUCAUUUCCCUUUGUGUGUAAUACAGGUGCUUACCUUUAUAAUGUUACAUGUUGGAAACAGGAAAGAAUGUGUAAGAUUUUGAAUUUGAGGUGAAUUACCUUGAUAAUGGUACAUGUUUGACAUGCA